AUGAAUGCAGGCUCCAAAGAGCUGUGCGACGUCGAUAUCCACGUCACUGACUUACCAGACAACGACGACAGCGAGGACAAUGAGGACGACAAUGGCGGCAGCGACGGGCAGCUCAGUUCGGGUGCUUUCUCAAUAGUACGACGAUGCGUUCAGAAGUCUACGGGACUAGAGUUUGCUGCCAAGAUAAUAAAUACAAAGAAGCUUUCAGCACGAGAUCACCAGAAGUUGGAAAGGGAGGCAAGGAUUUGUAGACAGCUAAAGCAUCCAAACAUCGUUCGCCUUCACGACAGUAUAGCCGAGGAAGGAUACCAUUAUCUAGUCUUUGAUCUUGUCACCGGCGGAGAACUGUUUGAGGACAUUGUUGCCAGGGAGUUCUAUAGUGAGGCAGACGCUAGUCACUGCAUUCAACAAAUUCUAGAAAGCGUAGAGUAUUGCCAUGUACACAACAUAGUUCAUCGGGAUCUAAAGCCGGAGAACCUCUUGCUAGCCUCGAAAGCCAAGGGAGCAGCAGUUAAAUUAGCGGACUUUGGCUUGGCGAUCGAGGUGCAGGGCGACCAGCAGGCAUGGUUCGGUUUUGCCGGAACCCCUGGGUAUCUUUCGCCGGAAGUGCUGAAAAAAGAUCCAUAUGGCAAGCCAGUAGACGUGUGGGCUUGUGGAGUAAUCUUGUACAUACUGUUGGUUGGCUAUCCACCCUUCUGGGAUGAGGACCAGCACCGUCUGUAUCAGCAGAUCAAGGCCGGCGCCUACGAUUAUCCGGCCCUCGAGUGGGACUCUGUCACUCCCGAGGCGAAGAACCUCAUAAACAGCAUGCUCACCGUGAAUCCGAACAAGCGCAUCACCGCGGGCGAGGCCCUCAAGCAUCCGUGGAUCUGCCAACGCGAGCGCGUCGCCUCAAUGAUGCACAGGCAGGAGACGGUCGACUGUCUGAAGAAGUUCAACGCCCGCAGAAAGCUCAAGGGGGCCAUCUUGACCACCAUGUUAGCAACUAGGAACUUUUCUAGCAGAAGCCUGUUGACCAAAAAGAACGACGGUGUGAAGGAGUCGAGUGACAGCAGCGCCACACUGGAGGACGAGGAUGUGAAAGAUCGCAAGCCGCCGCAUGCCGUGCACCUCGAGCAACAGCCCUACAUUGCUGCUGUCGCCGUGACAGCGGCCUCCAUCGCCGCACUCUCCUCCCCACCUACCUCAACCCCCAGUCGGUCCUGUAACGUGCCUCCGCCCAAAGUUCACGUAACCGACGUUACGCUAGCACAACCGAAAAAGCUAUUGGAGGACUCGGCCGAAUCUCGGAAACAAGAGAUCAUCAAGAUGACUGAACAGCUGCUGCAUUCCAUUGCGACCGGAGCCUACGAGGCUUACACAAAAAUAUGUGACCCCAAUUUGACUUCAUUUCAACCGGAGGCACUGGGUCACCUAGUCGAAGGGAUGGACUUCCACAAGUUCUAUUUCGACUUUGUUCUAGGUAAGAACAGCAAGGCGAUGAACACGACGUUGCUGAAUCCUCACGUGCAUCUGCUCGGUGACGAUGCUGCCUGCGUCGCCUACAUCAGACUCACGCAGUUCGUCGACAAGAACGCGUACCGAUCACGCAGCAGUCUGAGGAAACACAGCGCUCUGGAACGCGGCAAGGAAUGGCAAGUGGCAGAACGUACACUUUCAUCGCUCAGGAAACCGCCUCCGUGCUGGGGCCCGAAGUAG